GUCAUUUCUUAGCUCAGUAGCUCUCACAUUUCAGAAUGCACCAACACUGUUACAGCAUAUUUUGCUGUCAACUCCAGGAAUGCUCAUUCCAUUAAAUAUAUAGUAUUUCCAAGGAAUGGCAUUUCUUACCCUGUGUUUUUCUUAGAAUGUGUUAAAGAAGGAACUAAAUUCUGACACUAUAGCAAUGGAUACAUGUCAUUCCAUAUUUGUUUAACUCUAUAUCCGGUUUGAAAUUGGAAGAAAAUCCUAAAGCAAACCAGAGGUUUGCCAACGUUUAUUCAUCAGUUACUAAACAUGCAUCAUUUGCAGACAGGAAUCUGACCAGGGGGAAAUCUGUGUCUUUAUCAUGUCUUGGGGAUGUGAGGAAUGCCAGUAUCCUCAUGUCAGUUCCUCUGUGCCUCUGUCACUGUUGGAAAAUAAAGUUGAAUUAAACAAUUACAUUGUAUGUACAGCAGACAUGUAAUGUGUAGAACAUGGUAUUUCAUGGCCUCUUCUCCAUACUCUGGCUCUUAUGGUCUUUCUGACUUACUUUUAGAUAUUUCCUGACCGUCAGAUCAGAGAAAGUUGAUGUAGCUAUCCUAUCUACAGUUCUGCACUGUUACUUAUUCUCAGUAUUAUAACCAGUAAUGAGUCUCUGUAUUAAUUACUACCUACUGCAAAAAGAUGUUUUUCUGACCAAGGUUAGGAUCAGUGGUACAAAUCUCUGGAUAUAAAUAUAUGUAAAAGACAGUUUGAUAAAAUAACUGUUUAGACACACUGUCUAUUGUGCUGAGAGGUACAGGAAAACAGAGGAGUAGAUAUGGUUGGGAAGAUGGACUGGGAAGCAUGGAAGGAGGGGAAACUGGUUGGGAUCUAAUAUGUGAAAGAAAAUUACAUUUUUUUCCAAAAAAGUAAAUUUUUUAAAAAAGCCAAACUUUUAGAGCACAGCACGUAUAAUGUGAUCCAUGAAUUAUUACCUAACCAUAAAAUGUUUAUAGCUUUUCAUGAAGACAUCCCAUCUUUCCAUAACUAGCAUGUUUAUGAGAGUAGAAUGUCUGUCAAACAGAAUGUAAGGAAGGAGAAAGAAUUGUGACUCAAGAAAGAUUCAUUGCCUCAGAACUCCAAAGGAAGCUGUUUCUAAGAAAGAGUAAGAGGACAGCCUUGAUAGUGAAGAUGCUGGCCGCAGGCUGCUGUUCUGUGAGAACAAUCCUCCAACCUGCUGUUCUCCUUGGCCAUUCUAGGGAGGUAGUACGUGAGCUCGUGACCUCCUUCAGAAAUUUCUGCUCAAAGUACUCCGUGCCUCCUUCACCAAAGUAUGGUGGAAGGCAUACAGUGACUAUGAUUCCUGGAGAUGGCAUUGGUCCUGAGCUUAUGGUUCACGUCAAGAGAAUAUUCCGAUCAAAUUGUGUGCCAGUGGAGUUUGAGGAGGUGUGGGCCACCUCCACGUCUAGCGAAGAGGAGAUCAACAAUGCUCUCAUGGCCAUCCGUCGGAACCGUAUCACUCUGAAGGGCAAUAUUGCGACCAACCACCAUCUGCCUGCCAAGUACAAAUCUCACAACACCAAGUUUCGCACCGCUCUUGACGUCUAUGCCAGUGUCGUCCAUUUCAAGACUUUUCCUGGUGUGGAGACCCGACACAAGGACAUAGACAUCCUGGUUGUUCGGGAGAAUACUGAGGGCGAGUACACUAACCUGGAGCAUGAGAGCGUGAGGGGAGUGGUAGAGAGCCUAAAGAUUGUGACAAAGACCAAGUCUGUGCGCAUUGCUGAUUAUGCCUUCAGGUUGGCUCAAAAGAUGGGGCGGAAAAAGGUGACCGUUGUUCACAAAGCCAACAUCAUGAAACUGGGAGAUGGACUCUUCCUUCAGUGCUGUAAGGAUGUGGCAGCUCAUUAUCCUCAGAUCACCUUAGAGAGCAUGAUUGUAGACAACACUGCAAUGCAGUUGGUUUCCAAACCCCAGCAGUUUGAUGUUAUGUUGAUGCCCAAUCUUUAUGGCAACAUUAUCAACAGUGUCUGCACAGGGCUGGUUGGAGGGUCAGGAAUUGUACCUGGAGCCAAUUAUGGUGAUUCGUAUGCAAUAUUUGAGACAGGUUCAAAAGAAAUAGGUCAAGAUUUAGCUCACAGAAAUAUUGCCAACCCUGUCGCCAUGCUGCUGACCAGCUGUAUCAUGCUGGACUACCUUGAUCUCCAACUCUAUGCUGCUCACAUCCGCUCUGCUGUCAUGGCAUCCUUACAAAACAAAUCCAUCUGCACUCCAGAUAUAGGAGGUCGGGGGACCACGGCAGGUGUUGUAGAAUAUAUCUUAGGCCACAUGAAAGACCAAAAUAGCGGUUGUCAGCCAAGAUUCUUCCUGUCCACUUGAUUUACUCCCUUAGAAACUCCAACCAGCUUAGCCAGUAUGAAUUGAGAGUGAACAUUGCCUCCAAUUCACUGGAAAAGAAGGUGGGGCAUCAAUAGUGGGUUUUCCAUUAAAUUUAAAUGCAGUAAACAAUGCUUACUUGAAUUAGCAAAGCUUAUCAUAAUAUGGACAAACAGGAAUUUUCCUCAAAAUUUAUUCCAACCUCAUGUCUUUGGGAUAUAACAAGUUUAAUAAAUCAGUACUCUUCAUAAA